AUGCUAACACUUUUCAAUUUUGUAAUCCUCUCUCUAACACACGCACAAGAAUACAAAAUUACCAUUUUGUUUUUCUCGAGAAAAAGGCAACGAGUUGCUAAUCGGGCUUCAUAUAUGGAUAAUACGAAGCUGCAUCAACAGAGAAGAGGGAGUUUAAUCCCUCUUUCACCAACGCAGAUGCUAUGGUCAAGUGAAAAUGGCACCACGUGUAUCAAGGAUGAUAAAGGUGUCAACGUUCAAGUUAUCCUUCGUUGCAGGCCAUUUAGUGAUGACGAUGUAAGGGCAAAAACACCAAUGGUGGUUACUUGUAAUGAAGAUAAACAAGAAGUUAUUGUUACCCAAAACAUUGGUAAUAAGCAGACAGAUAAAAUCUUUGGUUUUGAUAAGGUGUUUGGUCCAUCUUCAAAACAAAAGGAUUUAUAUGAUCAAGUUGUUGAUCCUAUUGUUAAAGAAGCUCUUGAAGGCUAUAAUUGGACCAUUUUUGCAUAUGGUCAAACUGGAACAGGAAAGACUUACACAAUGGAAGGCGAAGGAGGAAAAUCCAAGAAUGGAGAGUUUCAUGAAGAUGUUGGAGUUAUUCCAAGAGCUGUUGAGCAACUUUUCGACACUCUUGAAGCUCAAAAAGCAGAAUAUUCAAUGAAAGUGACAUACAUUGAGCUUUACAAUGAGGAAAUAACAGAUCUUUUGGCUACAGAUGAAAAGUUAAAGAAACACAUAUCUUUAAUGGAAGAUGGAAAAGGAGCAGUUUUUAUGAGAGGCUUAGAAGAAGAACUUGUAAAGAGUGCAGAUGAAAUACACCAAAUUUUACAAAAAGGGUCAGCUAGAAAACACAAAGCUGACACUCUUAUAAACACACAAAGCAAUCGUUCACAUUCUUUGUUCACAAUCACAAUUCAAAUUAAGGAAAUUAGUUCAAUUGGGGAAGAAGUAAUCAAAUGCGGAAAGCUAAAUCUAGUUGAUCUUGCUGGAUCAGAAAACAUAUUACGUUCUGGUGCGCGUGAGGGAAGAGCAAGGGAAGCUGGUGAGAUAAACAAAAGCUUGCUUACACUUGGUCGUGUUAUAAAUGCAUUGGUUGAUCACUCUGGACAUGUUCCUUAUAGGGAUAGUAAAUUAACGAGGUUGUUGAGAGAUUCUUUAGGAGGGAAAACAAAGACAUGCAUAAUAGCUACUGUGUCCUCUUCUAUUCACUCUUUGGAAGAAACACAAAACACUUUAGAUUAUGCGUACAAGGCUAAAAGCAUCAAGAAUAGACCAGAGGUUAACCAUAAGGUGACAAAAUCAGCGGAUGUUAAAGAAUUAUACACGGAAAUAAAAAGUCUUAAACAAGAAUUACAUGCUACAAGGGAGAAAAACGGAAUUUACAUACCACAUGAACGUUACAUGAGUGAAGAAGCUGCCAAGAAGGCAACAUCCGAGAAGUUAGAGUUAAAAAGUAAGGAACUCAUAGAUCUUCAAGAACUCUUAAUUCAUCAGCAAAAUUUGACUUCAGAACUAAGUCAAAAACUUGAGAACACCGAGAGAGAACUCAAGCAAAGUAAGCAAGAUAUCUCGGAUCUAAAAGAUAAACUGAAACAAGCGAAUGAAACGACAAAAGAAAAGGAAUAUUUUAUACUUAAUCUUCUUGGAUCAGAGAAAACACUCACUGAAAGAGCAGUUGAGCUUCAUAGUGAGCUUGAGAAUGCAACAUCAGAGGUAUCAAGCUUGUUCGCGAAAAUUGAGCACAAAAACCACAUAGAAGAAGGAAAUAAAGCGGUGAUCAAGAGCUUUCAGAAGCUUUUAGCUCAACAUCUUGAAGUUCUUCACAAGACGAUUGUUGAUUCAGUAACGCAUCAAGAGCAACAACUAAAUGCAAUCGAAGAACAUAUGAAAUCUUUUGUUUCUGAACACAAUUCGGCUGCUGAAGGACUUCAAAUUCGGGUAGAAAAGAUUAAUGACGUAUUUGCUGGUGGAAUCAAAUCCUUAGUUGAAUUAGCGACUGAAUUCAGUGGUAAUUCAGAGACAACACUUGGAAAUAUAAAUUCUGAAGUCGUGAAGCAUUCUUCAGCCCUAGCAGAACUAAUAAGAGAAGCUUCGGUCAAAGUUGGUGAUAUACUUGAUGAUUUGCAUGGUAACCUUGAUGAUCAGGAGCAAACUAUAGCUGCAAUUUGGCAAAAACAGCAUGAGAGUCAAUUGCGAGCUUAUCAGACAACUCAAUCUGCAUCUAGUAUUACAGUGAAGUUCUUCAAGACUCUAAGCACAGACAUUUUCAGUGUGAUUCAAAUGUUGGAAGAAGCUAAAGGGAUGUAUGAUCAGAAAUUAGAUGAAUUCAGCAAGAAAUAUGAGGAAUAUGCCGAUGAUGAAAACAAGCAACUUUUAGACAAAAUGGCAGAGCUUUUAACAAGUUCAAAUGACAAGAAGAAACAGAUGGUUCAAACAGAAGUGGAUGGAAUUCGAAGCUAUAUUGGGAGUAAAACCUACACACUUCAUGGCAAAAUGUCAAAUAUUCAUAGUCUCACAUCAUCAACAGACGAUGAAUAUGCAAGUUUUUUGGGAAAAACAGAAAAGAAUUACAUUGAGGAUAAAACCACAACUCAAAAUGGAAAAGAUGGUGUCAUAUCCAUAUUCAAAAACUGGACAACAAAGGCAAAAAUGGGUAACGAAGGGUGGAGCCAAGUUCAAGAAUCUAUUAACAGUCUACAGAAAUUGCAUUUAGAAUCUUUUGAUUCCAAAAUCAAGGAUGCUCUUGAAACAAAUCAAGCAAUCCAUAAUCGAUUGUCAUCUGUGGGCUCCACGACACUAGAAGAAGUACACAGUCAAUCUCUCACAUCCACUGAAUAUUUUUUGAAGCUUAACGAGGAAGAAAAUGAGGGGAUUGAUUCCUUAACAAGAAAUUCUCGUGAUGCUAUGAAAGAUAUGGAAGUUGCUCACUCUUCCAAAAUAAUUGAGAUCACAAAAGAUACCGAAAAGUGCUUGAUAAAUGAAUACAUGGUGGAUGAUUCUUUUUUCUCAACACCAAAAUUCUGUAAAUUACCUAGCAAGAUAAACACAGAAGAACUCAAUACUCCACCAUUUGAGGUGUUGUUGGAUUCAUUUCAAAAAGUACAAGAAAGUGGAGAUGCAAAUGGAGUUUUUUUAGGGAUCAUCAAUGGAGGGUGAAGACUUAUGUACAAUGAUUUUUUUUUCACCUCUUUUUAUAGUUUUUGUUGUUGGCUAGAAGCUUAUUUCAAGAACUCAACUUUCGGGUGCUAAGGUUUUAAUCUUAAAUAAUCUUUAUUAAAUUGUAUGUCAAGUCACGUGUUGCAUUUAUCUUGGGACGUGUUAAUCUAGGAAGUUGUAUAUUCCUUCUCAAAUGUAACAAUUAAUAAUACAUGUGAAAAGCAAAAGUGUGCAUCAAUCAAAUUCUUAUGC